AUGAGCUCUCAGAUUUGCAGAUCCGCUUGUAGAGCUGUCAGGUCCUUCCUCUCUGCUGCUCCUAAGAGCUCUCGUUUCUAUUCUGAAGGGCGAGCUGUAGCUGCUGCUGCAGCAGUAACCUUGAGUUCAAAGGUGCCUGUCUUUGCUUCAAAUUUUGGAAGAGCUGGUUCCGAAAAUGUGUCCAGAGGAUGGAUUUCAGGAGCUCUUGCCCUUCCUGCAGCAGCUUACAUGCUCGUCGACCAGGAGGUUCAUGCUGCAGAGUUGGAACGCACUUUCAUUGCUAUAAAGCCAGAUGGAGUUCAAAGAGGACUGAUUGCAGAAAUCAUAUCCCGAUUUGAGCGCAAGGGUUUUAAGCUUGUAGGCAUAAAAGUAGUUAUUCCUACGAAGGAUUUUGCACAGAAGCAUUAUCAUGAUCUGAAGGAAAGGCCAUUCUUUAAUGGUCUAUGUGACUUCCUUAGCUCGGGACCUGUUAUUGGAAUGGUCUGGGAAGGAGAAGGUGUGAUCAAGUAUGGUAGAAAACUCAUUGGAGCCACAGACCCACAAAAAUCAGAACCAGGAACUAUCAGAGGUGAUCUAGCUGUUGUUGUUGGAAGAAAUAUCAUCCACGGCAGCGAUGGGCCAGAGACUGCCAAGGAUGAAAUCAACUUGUGGUUUAAGCCAAAUGAGUUGGUUAGUUACACCAGCAAUGCAGAGAAGUGGGUGUAUGGAGAGAACUGA